AUGAUAUGUGCUCAUUCAACAUUAGCUUGUCCAUUUUGUCGUUGUCGUCUUUCAACAUGGCUUCGUCGUAAUCCUGAUUAUUCGAAAUUAACUAUUAAACGACAAUCAACAACAAAAACUAAAAAGAAAAGAAUUAUUCAACAACAACCACAACCACAACCAAGUCGUCAUCAUCAAACAUCAAAAAUAAAACCAACAUUCGAUGAACAAGGUAAUAUAUCUGAUGAUUGGCUAUUUGCUAAAAAAAUUCAUUAUGAAGAACUUGAAGAAUUUCGAUAUACUUAUGGUCGAAUAACUCGAUCAAUGGCAAAAAAGAUGAAGACAUAA